AAAAAUCCAUAUUAUAUAUAGGGAUACCAGUCAUACCACGUACAGAUAGGGGUAAAGGGUCUCCAUACAUUUUGAAUUUGGUAGUGAAAUCAAGAUGAGCAUGAGUUCUUCCUCACUAGCUCCUCCUGACCCCAAAAGGUUAGAAGGCAAAGUGGCAAUCAUCACCGGGGGUGCCAGCGGAAUUGGAGAGAGCACCGCAAGACUGUUUGUUUAUCACGGUGCUAAAGUCAUCAUUGCCGAUGUCCAAGACGAGCUUGCUCUAUCCCUCUGCAAAGAACUCGACCCGGAUCAAGAAUCCAUUUCGUAUGUCCAUUGUGAUGUCACAAUCGAUUCCGAUGUGAAAAAUGUGGUAGAUGUGGCGAUCUCCAAGUACGGAAAACUUGAUAUCAUGUACAACAAUGCUGGCAUACCCGGUAACGUGGACCCAACGAUCUUAGGUGCGGAUCACCAGAACUUCAAGCAAGUGUUUGAUGUGAAUGUGUACGGGGCUUUCUUGGGCGCCAAGCAUGCUGCUAGGGUUAUGAUCCCUGCAAAAAACGGCAGCAUUCUCUUCACUUCGAGUGUGACAUCGGCUAGUUGUGGUGAGUCUUCACAUGCCUAUACGAUGUCGAAGCACGCGGUGGUGGGGCUUAUGAAGAGUUUGUGUGUGGAGUUGGGGCAGUAUGGUAUUAGAGUUAACUGCAUCUCUCCAUGCGCUAUGGCUACUCCAUUGUUAACAAAUGCUAUGGGAAUGGAGAAGAAUGUGAUGGAGGAAUUGAUUUGUACUUCGGCUGUUUUGAAAGGAGUUGUGCCCAGAUCAGAGGAUGUAGCCGAGGCUGCGGUAUUCUUGGCAAGCGAGGAGUCGAAGUUUGUGAGUGGACUAAACCUUCUUGUCGAUGGGGGUUAUAGCACUACCAAUCAAUCAUUUAGUACGGUUCUGAGGAAUCUCAUGUCCUCAAACCAUGUUUUGUAAGCAGCAUCUGAUUCUUAAUUUGCUAGCUUCACUAGUCUACUAUGUGGAUCUUUGUGCUUCAACUACUAAUUUGCAAAUUUAGCUAUUUG